AAUCACGAAACGGGUGUGCGACGCCAUUGCCACCAGAGAGAAACAAUUUCAAGACAAUCGCAAGAACAUCACAAGAAAGUUGGUGAAAUUUUAGAAGAAAAAAAAGAGGGAAGGAAGUGAAUGGAAAAAACUAUGACGAGAAAGCUGCUGGUAAUAGAAAUGAAGAGGCAUCUUGUAGCAAAUGUGGCGUGGCGUGUCCAUGGUAACAAAACUCCCCCCAAAAAAGCCCGAUUAUUCUAGCAACGGCAGUGUGCAACACGGAUCGGUAACAAUGGGUAACAAGAUUUCACGGUCCCCACUCUGGAUGCUCCUUAACGGGUCGCCACCGCUACUGCACACCCAGCACUAGGCAGUGUUGUCCCGAAUGUCAUCGAAUUUGCAUAUUUAUUUGGUAAGGUGAGGUGUGUAUAUGACUCGGUACUCUCUUUUUUCUGCUUUACUUCACAGUUUUAUUUGCCAACGCCGUAAAACAGCUGCUCGCGGGCGAACAUAUGAUCGACGUUGGGUUGUCGCGCGCGCUCAUCACGUCUGCAGUUGGGAAGCCGCGAGGCAACGCGCGCACCCAAAAGUGAUGGAUAGCUCUGUGUGUGUGUGUACUGUCGCUCGUUAUGGCCUAUGGACGGGGACGGCAAUGCCAGGUGAACCGCGGGCCCGAGGGCCGUAAGUGAGCCGCGCGGGUCGUCAAUUUUAAAUUGUUUACAUUUCACUCCGGCACAGUUUGCGCGACCAGUCCGCUCGCGCUCCACGCAACGUGUUACACCAUGCCGUCGCUGUUGCUGCGCUCUUGCCAGACGGUUAAAUUUGAAGAGAUGUGUACAUCUUGCAACAGACGACGAACUCGACAACGAUGCCGUCGCUGCUCUACUACAGCUCUAAGUGGUGCGAAUUAUCCCCUGGAUGCUCCAAAAACCUGCUCUGAACAAGCUUUGGCAGUUAUAUCGAUCGCACACACAAUCAUCGUGCGUGGAAAAUUGUGAAUUCCAAGAAGCGAUUGUGAUUCGUGCAGUUUGUCCGCGUGGCCGUUCUGCUGUGUGACAAACCGGGGGUGACGUAUUCCGGGCAGUGAGACAGUGAGACCAGACCAAAGAAGAGAAAAAAACCAAAACAAAUCCAGCAACCAGCCCUGGAGAGGAGCGAUGGGGAAAAUUCCAGCCAAUCAACCGAAAUCGGUGCCGCCGGUGCCGCGGAAGGAACCGCAAACUCUGCUCGCCAAGAUACGCAAGGAGUACGUAAGCUUAACGUUUGCCAAAUCGCUCAUCUUCGACCCGGCCCGGUUGCCGCUGAUCUCGAUCCUAAUUUUGGCCGCUGAGUUGGUGCUGAACGUGUUCGUGGUGCAAAAUGUGCGCUACACCGAAAUCGACUGGAAGGCGUACAUGCAGGAGUGUGAAGGGUUUCUCAACGGCACCACCGACUAUUCGCAGCUGCGAGGUGAUACCGGCCCGCUCGUCUAUCCUGCCGGGUUUGUCUACAUCUACAGCGCGCUGUACUUCCUAACAUCACACGGCACCAACAUUCGCUUGGCCCAGUAUGUCUUCAUUGGCAUCUAUCUGCUUCAACUGAUGCUCGUACUCCGGCUGUACUGUAAGAGCCGUAAAGUCCCCCCAUACGUGAUGGUCAUUACCAUUUUCACCUCCUACCGGAUUCACUCCAUCUACGUGCUGCGGUUGUUUAACGAUCCGAUUGCGAUCCUGUUCCUUUACGCCGCCCUGAAUGCGUUCAUUGACGGUCGAUGGACGCUCGGCAGCGUAAUGCUCAGCUUGGGCGUUUCGGUAAAGAUGAACAUCCUUCUGUUUGCUCCGGCCAUUCUGCUGCUGUACAUUACCAAUCUGGGAUGGCUGAAAACGGCCCUUCAGCUGACGGUCUGUGGAGUGAUACAGCUGAUCCUGGGUGCUCCGUUCCUUCUUACCCAUCCGUGGCAGUACCUUAAGGGCAGCUUCGAUUUGGGGCGCGUGUUCGAGCACAAGUGGACAGUAAACUAUCGCUUCCUCGAGCCGGAAGUGUUCGAAAGUAAGGUGUUUCAUCUGGCACUGCUCGGACUGCAUCUCACGCUGCUGCUCGUGUUUGCAUCGCCCUGCUACAAGUACUUCCAAAAUUACUGCCGCCUGCGCCACCUGGAGAUGAUGCUGAUGCCACAGAUAGAGGCACAAAAUCGGGCUGAAAAGGAUAAGGUGAAGAAGGGUAAGCAAUCGAAAGCCAAAGCAUUGCCGGCUGCUAAAGGAGACAACGGGGAGGAAAAGCUAACGCAGGAUCAGGAAAAGUUUUUGAAAUCGUUUGAAAAGGGCAUUAAAAAGAUGUCCGGUAAGCAGCAGCAGCAGCAGAAUGUCGCCCCGGUGGAAACGGAAUCACCGGCAGCAGCGAACCCAGCGGCCAACAAAUUUUCCAUCCACUUCGAUCGAUCCACCCAACUCGCGCUGCUCCCCAUUUUCCUGUCCAACUUUAUCGGCAUCGUUUGUGCGCGUAGCUUGCACUACCAAUUUUACGUGUGGUACUUCCACAGCUUGCCCUACCUCACUUGGUACACGGAGUAUACGAACAGUUUGAAGUUUUUGCUUCUUCUGCUGCUGGAAUUCUGCUGGAACACGUACCCGAGCACGGUACUGAGCAGCGUGGUCCUGCACGCCUGCCACGUGUGCCUGCUGGUUGGCAUUGGAAGGAAAUUGUUCCGUCGGAUUCCGGAUCUUGCUCAGCUGAACAAUAAGACAGAGUAAAACCUGCCCGAGCCGGACCUUCUGCUGCGGGAUGCAUUUGAAUUCUCCGUUUGAAUUGUGCCUUAAAUUGUCGAAUAGGUGUGAAUGUUUGUCUUUUCUGUUUGUUUGUGUGUUUGUGUGAAUAGAUAGAGAUAGAUUAGAGCAGCGUGAAUGAUUAUUUACCUAACUGAGCAUGUGUGUGCGAUUUUACAACAUUUGGGGAAAUGUUAUUUAUGAUUUCUUUAAGUAAUUUAGUUCGAGCAAUAAAGACAAGACAUUUUCCUA